AUGGGGACGGCUUCAUCCUUGGUAAGCCCAGUAGGCACUGUUGGGGAGGUGAUUGAAGACACAUAUGAGGGAGGUGGAGGUGAAGCUUGCGAGAUCCCUGUGGAGGUGAAACCCAAAGCCCGCCUCCUGCGCAGCUCCUUCCGCCGUGUGGGGACGUCACGGCCUGGAGGUCUUAUCGGCGCCAGCUUCAAAUCCACUGCCUCCGUACAAGAGCUGGAGUGUAUGGCAGAGUAUGAACGCCUCAAGAAAGAAUACGAGAUCUUCCGUAUCAGCAAGAACAAUGAGGUGGCAUCGAUGAUGAAGAAAGAGGCCAAACUGGAUAAGGAAAACAAGCGCCUGCGGGCAGAGCUGCAAGCACUUCAGAAAACAUAUCAGAAAAUACUCAGAGAGAAAGAAAGUGCUUUGGAAGCUAAAUACCAAGCCAUGGAGAGAGCUGCUACAUUUGAACAUGACCGUGACAAAGUCAAGAGACAGUUCAAGAUUUUUAGAGAAACCAAGGAAAAUGAAAUUCAGGAUUUACUGAGGGCAAAGCGAGAGUUGGAGGCAAAAUUGCAGAGGCUGCAAGCUGAAGGCAUCCACGUUUUUGACCCUGAGGAGACAGACUCAGAUGAUAGCUGUACAGAGGUUGCUGCGACUGGAGCUCAGGCUGAGUAUUGGACUGGUGGAGCCUUGGGAAGCGAGCCCUCCAUGGGCAGUAUGAUACAGCUUCAGCAGUCUUUCAGAGGCCCUGAGUUUGCACACAGUUCCAUUGACGUCGAAGGGCCAUUUGCAAAUAUCAACAGAGAUGAUUGGGAUGCAGCUGUUGCCACUUUGUUGCAGGUCACUCCGUUGUUUUCCCACUCUUUGUGGAGUAACACAGUAAGGGUGUAUCUCAUUAAUACACAGGAGACUCAGUCAGAAGUAGACAUCUUCAUACAGAAAUACUCUCCAAAACUUCGGAAUUACUGUGAGACCAUGGAGUACUUUUUCCAAGCUGUUCAUUUUCCAGUAGAAACUGAAAGUCUUUCCCAGUCUGUGAGGAAAUGGGAAAUCGAGAAAAGUUCUUUGACUAUUUUGUUCUUGCAUUUGACUUUGCCAAGUUGUCUGCUUGAGGAGUGUGAAGAAGCAUUUUUGAAAAACCCGGAGGGAAAGCCUCAUCUUCUUUACCACCGCCUGGAAGAGGGCCAAACCAGCUCGGAUUCUGUGCAGCAGUUAGUUGAACAAGUUCGUUAUGUGAACAAAGCGAAGAUCAUCAGUCAUAUGGUAGGACCGGAAGAGGGAGCAUGUGCAGUCCACAGUUAUGUAGAGAAGACCAUAAAGCAGGAUAUCCUAGGCUGUGAAAUGGCAGAACUAGAGAGGAAAGAUGCAGCUGACAAUAGCAACUCCUCUGUUCCUGAAGAAGAAAUCUUUGGCGAUGUCCUGUGGGAUGCACACGAUGAGCAAGAACAGAUGGAGGCUUUCCAGCAGGCUUCCAAUUCGACUUGUGAGCUCGGAUUUGAGAAGUAUUAUGAACGCCUAAACGACUUAGUGGUGGCACCAGCACCAAUUCCACCCCUUCUUGUAUCUGGAGGACCAGGCUCUGGAAAAUCUCUUCUGCUAUCAAAAUGGAUUCAGCUGCAACAGAAGCAUUCAUCAAAUGCACUAAUUCUAUAUCAUUUUGUGGGGAAACCUACAUCAAGCAGUGCAGAGCCUACCCUGAUCCUCAAGCGUCUCACGUUAAAGCUCAUGCAGCAUUCCUGGUCAGUCUCACCUGUGACACUGGAUCCAGCGAAACUAUUAGAAGAAUUUCCUCGUUGGCUGGAGAAACUUUCCGCUCACCACCAGGGCAGCAUUAUAAUAAUUAUUGACUCUAUUGACCGAAUCCAGCAAGCCGAAAAGCACAUGAAGUGGCUGAUCGACCCUCUGCCUGUGAAUGUCAGGGUUGUCGUAUCCGUGAAUGUUGAGACGUGCCCACAAGCAUGGAGGCUUUGGCCGACUCUUCAUCUUGAUCCGUUAAGUAUAAUGGAUGUGAAAUCUCUCAUUAAUGAAGAAUGCAGCUUUGCAAAUCUGAAGCUGACUAACGACCAGGAGAAGAAGCUUGAAAAACAUUGUCAUUCUAGUACAACUUGCAAUGCUCUGUAUGUCACUCUUUUGGCUAGAAUGUUGGCUGGUGCUGGAAGCAUAGAAAACAUUGACAUAAUCUUACAGAAGUGUUUCCUGUGCCAAGACACGGUGUCGCUGUACAAACUAGUUCUGAAAUCCAUUCAAGAAUCUUUGAAAAGCGAGAAAGACAAAGACCUCCUGAAAGAGAUUCUUUGCCUUAUCAGCAUCAGCCACAAUGGAGUGAGUGAAUCAGAACUGAUGGAACUCUGUCCUGAGCUCUCCUGGGCAGUGCUAGCCUCGGUAGUUCACAGUCUGCACAAGAUGUGCUUUUUAACAUACGGUUGUGGCUUGUUGAAGUUUUGUCACCUGCAGGCUUGGGAAAUGGUAAAGCUGGAAUUCAUGGAAGAAGGUCACGAUGCUUUUGCUUCCUGCAGAGAAAAACUGAUCGACUACUUCACCAGGCAGCUCAGUCAAGAGAGAGUGACUUGGAGAAGUGCAGACGAACUCCCCUGGCUGUUCCAGCAGCAAGGCGACAAGCAGAGAUUACACCAGUGCCUCUUGAAUCUCUUUGUAUCCCAGAGUCUUUAUAAAAGGGGCCAUUUUUCUGAACUGCUGAGCUACUGGCAGCUUCUGGGGAAAGAUAAGAAUUCAAUGGCAGCAGAGUAUUUUAGCUCCCUGAAGCUGUAUGAGAAAAGCUAUGAGAAAGAGGAAAGCAUGAUCUCUCUGGCUGACAUUUAUGAGACUCUGGGACGGUUUCUUAAGGACCUGGGCCUUCUCAGUCAGGCCAUUGUUCCUUUGCAGCGCUCCCUGGAGAUUCGAGAGACCGCCCUCGACCCAGACCACCCUAGGGUAGCCCAGUCUCUCCACCAAUUAGCAGGAGUUUAUGUACAGUGGAAGAAGUUUGGUAACGCUGAGCAGUUAUUCAAGCAGGCUCUCGAAAUCUCUGAAAAUGCUUAUGGGACUGAACAUCUCAGGGUUGCUCGCGAACUUGAUGCUCUUGCAACAUUGUACCAGAAGCAGAACAAAUAUGAACAAGCUGAACAUCUAAGGAAAAAAUCCUUCAGAAUUCAACAAAAAGCUGUGAGGCGGAAAGGCAGCCUGUAUGGAUUUGCUCUCCUUCGCCAACGAGCCCUGCAGCUAGAGGAGCUCACUCUGGGGAAAGACUCAUCUGACAAUGCUCGAACUCUCAAUGAACUUGGUGUUCUCUACUACCUUCAAAAUAAUCUUGAAACAGCAGAACUUUUCUUGAAACGCUCCCUGGAAAUGCGAGAACGGGUUCUUGGGCCUGACCACCCAGACUGUGCCCAGUCCUUGAAUAAUCUAGCAGCCCUUUACAAUGAGAAGAAGCACUAUGACAAGGCAGAGGAGCUGUAUGAAAAGGCACUGAACAUCCGGAAGAGAGCACUGGCGCCUGACCAUCCCUCUUUGGCUUACACGGUGAAACACCUGGCUGUGCUCUACAAGAAGAUGGGAAAGCUUGACAAAGCCGUUCCUCUGUAUGAGUUGGCUGUUGAAAUACGGCAAAAAUCUUUUGGUCCAAAGCACCCAAGUGUGGCUACUGCUUUGGUAAACUUGGCUGUUCUUUAUUGCCAAAUGAAAAAGCACCAUGAAGCUUUGCCUCUUUAUGAACGGGCCUUGAAGAUUUAUGAAGACAGCUUUGGACGUAUGCACCCUCGUGUGGGAGAAACAUUAAAAAAUUUGGCAGUGCUGAGCUAUGAAGGAGGGGAUUUCGAGAAAGCUGCUGAGCUUUAUAAGAGAGCCAUGGAAAUCAAAGAAGCGGAAUCGUCGUCUGGGGGGAAAGCGGCUUCCCAUCAUUCAUCGAGUGGAGACACAGUCAGUUUGAAGAGCGCUUUCUCUCCCAACGGUUUCCUGCAGAAAGGGCAAAGGUGAUGCAA